AUGGCGUCCGUCCAACACAAGGUCGCUCUGAUUGUCAUCGAUGGCUGGGGUAUCGCUGGCCCCAACUCGCCCCCAGAGGGUGAUGCCAUUGCGGCCGCGGAAACCCCCUACAUGUCGGGUUUCGCCGAGCCCAACUCCAAGACUGCUCAGGGUUAUACCGAGCUCGAUGCCUCCUCGUUCGCCGUCGGUCUGCCCGAGGGUCUCAUGGGCAACAGUGAGGUUGGUCACCUAAACAUCGGUGCCGGUCGUGUGGUCUGGCAGGACAGUGUCCGUAUCGAUCAGACUCUCAAGAACGGCGAGAUGAACAAGGUCGAGAACAUCGUGAAGGCCUUCACCCGCGCCAAGGAGGGCAAUGGACGUCUGCACCUCUGUGGUCUGGUUUCCGACGGUGGUGUUCACUCCAACAUUACCCACCUGUUCGGUCUCCUUGAGGUCGCCAAGGAGAUGCAGAUCCCCAAGGUCUUCAUCCACUUCUUCGGUGAUGGUCGUGACACCGACCCCAAGAGCGCUGCCAUCUACAUGGAGCAGCUGCUGAACAAGACCAAGGAGCUCGGUGUCGGCGAGAUCGCCACCGUUGUUGGCCGCUACUUCAUCAUGGAUCGCGACAAGCGCUGGGAGCGUGUCGAGAUUGGUAUGAAGGGCAUGGUCACCGGCGAGGGCGAGGACAGCUCCGACCCUAUCAAGACCAUCAAGGAGCGCUACGAGAAGGGAGAGACCGACGAGUUCUUCAAGCCCAUCAUCGUCGGUGGACAAGAGCGCCGUGUGCAGGAUGACGAUACUCUCUUCUUCUUCAACUAUCGCUCCGACCGUGUUCGUGAGAUCACUCAGCUUCUGGGAGACUACGACCGCUCCCCGCGCCCCGACUUCCCCUACCCCAAGAACAUCUCUCUGACCACCAUGACUCGGUACAAGACUGAUUACACUUUCCCCGUGGCUUUCCCUCCUCAGCACAUGGGUAACGUGCUCGCUGAGUGGCUCGGCAAGAAGAACGUCCAGCAGUGCCACGUUGCUGAGACUGAGAAGUAUGCUCACGUCACUUUCUUCUUCAACGGUGGUGUCGAGAAGCAGUUCCCUGGCGAGAUUCGCGACAUGAUCCCCUCGCCCAAGGUUGCUACCUACGACCUGGAUCCCAAGAUGAGUGCCGCUGCCGUGGGCGCCAAGAUGGCUGAGCGCAUUGGUGAGAACAAGUUCGACUUUGUCAUGAACAACUUUGCUCCCCCCGACAUGGUUGGCCACACCGGUGUCUACAAGGCUGCCAUCGAGGGUGUCGCGGCCACCGACAAGGCCAUUGGUGAGAUCUACGAGGCUUGCAAGAAGAACAACUACAUUCUGAUGAUCACCUCUGAUCACGGUAACGCCGAAGAGAUGCUCAACGACAAGGGUACCCCCAAGACCUCCCACACUACCAACUUCGUUCCUUUCGUGAUGGCCAACGCCCCCGAGGGUUGGAGCCUGUCCAAGGACCGUGGUGUGCUCGGUGACGUUGCGCCUACUGUCCUUGCCGCCAUGGGCAUCGAACAGCCCGAGGAGAUGACUGGAAGGAGCCUGCUGGUGAAGGCCUGA